AUGAAUUUAUCAUCUGUUAAUGGUACUUUGAGUCCUUGGAUCCCAUCGGCGUUCUUCAGGAUAGCUGUGACAAAUAACAUGAUAGUCACAAUCCUCUGCCUCUCUAUAAACUAUAUCAAUGGAACCUUGGUAUACACCUUCAGAAAGCAUCAGAUCUUCAAUACCAACCCACGUUACAUUCUGUUCAUCCACCUGGUGAUAAAUGACAUUAUACAGCUGGUCCUCUCAACAUCCCUCUACAUCCUCAGCUACGCUUUCCGUACCAUCUAUGUGCCAAUCUGCCUCAUUCUGCUGGUCGUAUCCAUUCUCACCACUCUCAACACCCCUCUAAAUCUGGCAGCCAUGGCAGUCGAGUGCUACAUUGCCAUCUGCAUCCCCCUCCGACAUGGCCAGAUCUGCACCAUCAGGAAAACGUACAUUCUAAUUGGUUUGAUCUGGGCUAUGAGUUUUGCUUCCAUCCUACCAGAUGUUGUCAUUCUUUUGGCCUCAGAGCCCCUGCAGUUUUUCUAUUCUAGGGUGGUAUGUGACAGAGAUCCAGUCUUCUCAAGUGCCUACAGCCGUAAGAAGAGGGAUAUAUCACACAUUAUUUUUCUUGUGCUGGUAUGGCUCACACUGCUCUACUCCUACUUCAGAAUUCUGUUUGCUGCCAAGGAGGCAACGAGAGGAAUGAAAAAAGCCAGGAAAACAAUUCUCCUCCAUGGUUUUCAGCUGCUUUUAUGUAUGCUCACUUACAUACGACCCAUGUUUCUAGCGGGCCUUUUCCACUUUUUUCCCACUCAACACCGGGCCAUAUAUUUUGCAAGCUAUGUCAUUAUCAACAUCUUGCCACGGUUUAUUAGUCCCAUAGUCUACGGGCUAAGAGACCAGACCUUCAGACAACAUGUAAUAAGAUAUCUACUCUGUAAAGUGAGCAUAAGCUUCUAG